AUGCUUCUUUCAACAUUCCUUUCCGUGUCGACCUUGGCUGGCCUGGCGGCGGCCUCACCACCUUUCUUUCGAAGGAACCCACCACCUGCCGAAGCAGUCUGCGAGCCCGUCACCGAGACAGUGCAUCUACCUGCUGAGACAGUUCACGAGACGGAGACUGUUCACUUACCUGCCGAGACGGUCCACGAGACAGAGACAGUACAUUUACCCGCCGAGACAGUUCAUGAGACAGUUCAUGUGACCGUCACAGAACAUGCAGUAGUGACAGAGAUCCAACACGCUACUGUGACAGAGGUCCAGCAUGUCACGGUUCCUGUCGAGCAUUUGGUUACAUCAGUCGUCGAAGUCGAGGUCGAGAAGCCUGUCACAGUGGUUGAGACUGUCCACGAGACUAUUGAACAGCCCGUAACACUGGUACACACUUCAGUCGUCGAGGUUGAGAAGGAAGUCAUGGUUACUGAGACUUCCGUCGUUCACGAAACAAUCGAGCAGCCCGUUACUCUCGUCCAUACAGCAGUCGUCGAGGUCGAGGUCGAGAAGCCUGUUACUGUUGUCGAGACUGUCCACCAGACCAUUGAACAGCCCGUGACUCUGGUACACACUUCAGUUGUUGAGGUUGAGAAGCAAGUUAUGGUUACCGAAACCUCAGUCGUUCACCAGACCGUUGAGCAGCCAGUUACUCUCAUCCACACCGCUGUAGUUGAGGUGGAAGUUGAUAGACCCGUUACAGUUAUCGAAACUUCUGUCCACGAAGUCGAGAGGCCUGUCACCGUUGUCCAAACUUCUGUCGUGGAGAACACCGUCGUCCAUACAUCGGUCGUCGAGGUACCAGUCGAGAAGCCAGUCGAGGUGCCCGUCACGCUGGUCCACACUCAAGUUGUUGAGGUGCCAGUUGAGAAGCCAGUUGAAGUGCCUGUAACGUUGGUCCACACUCAAGUUGUCGAGGUCCCUGUCGAAGUCAUUCAUACACAGACCGUCGAGCAGCCAGUCGAGGUUGUCCACACAGUUGAAGUUGAACAGCCUGUCGAGGUUGUUCAUACCGUCGAGGUCGAGAAGCCCGUCCAUGUCACUGUCAUCCAUACAGUUACUGAACAGGCACCUGCCCUUCCCGUUGCACCUGCCCCUACACACCACCCAGUUGCCGAACCACCAGCUGAGCAUCCAGUCGUUGAGCCUCCCGCCGAGCAUCCGGCUCAACCACCUGCUGAACACCCUGUGGUGGAGGAGCCAGCCACUAUCACGACAGCCAUUACACCAAUGCCACCUAGUCAUGAGACUGCUAUUGCCGAGAUGCCAGUUGCUCCCGAGCAGCCUGUCGAAGAACCUGCGGCUCCUGAGCACCCUGUUGCCGAAGAACCCGCCGCUCCUGAACACCCAGUGGUUGAAGAGCCUGCAGCGCCUGAACAUCCAGUCGUUGAGGAACCCGCCGCUCCCGAGCACCCUGUCGUUGAGGAGCCCGCAGCACCUGAACACCCAGUUGUGGAAGAGCCAGCGGCACCUGAGCACCCUGUUGUCGAAGAACCCGCCACUCCUGAACACGUCGUGAUCGAGGAACCUGCAGCGCCUCCCACCAUGGCUCAACAUCCUGGUGCUGAAGCACCAACUCACGAAGCACCAGCUGCUGAAGUCCCAGCUGCAGAGCACCCAACAGCACCAGAACACACCGUCAUGGAAGAGCACAGCGGUGAGAUGGCUAUCGGUGAGGCGAUGAAGCAUCCUCCAUCUUCCAAGUACACAGCUGCACCAGAGCUGGUCGCCGAGGCGCCUCCUCACCCCGCAGCUGACGACAUCCCAGUUCUCCUGCCUUCAGGCGGAGUUGCUGUAAAGAACGCGACAGUCGCGCCUACAUAUCCCCGGCGAAGGGCGAUUGUUCGCAGGUGGUAG